GGCAACGACGCUGCUUGACUCAGGCACGCGGUAAUAGUCAUUUACUUCAGUUAGUUCUAGAUGGUGAAGUGAAGUUGAAUUGAAUGAUAAGGCGAUUAUUUUAUUUAUCAAACAAAGGCCACGCAAAAUACUGUACAUUUUGAGCACAAACAGCAUUAAUCAGAUAAUUUUAUUAAAAACAGGACAAAUGUAAUGUAACGAAGCAUAUUUACAAAAUAUCAAAAAUAUAAAAAUGGAAAAAUUGCAUAAACAUAUUCUUAGAAUGCUACGAGAAAAUAUAGUGGCUGAUAUGGAUGUACAUAAUGGUAUUAUAAAGCCAUUGCAAUCGGAAUAUAUACUAAGAGAUCAGCACAUACAAGAAAUUGAAAAAGGUGCUUCUAAACAGAGAAAAGCUGAAAUCUUAUUAGAUAUACUUCCAAGUCGUGGUCCACUUGCAUUUGAUAUUUUUCGUCAAGCUUUAAGACAUCAUUAUGAAUGGUUAAGUGAUGAUAUGGAUAAACUUGAAGAAAAUGGAAAAUCUUUUUCAGAUAUAAAGUAUAUGGGUACACCCACUCUUCCGCCAAUUUCACCAUUAACUGUGGUAAGAGAGGAAAAGAUGAAACAGUUACAAAAUUGCCUAGAAGAAUUACAACCGAAUGAAUAUAUUGUACUCCAUGGUAUGAAAGGUUUUGGUAAAUCGUCUUUAACAGCUAGCACAUUAAAGAAUAGUAAAUUUAUAAGAAAUAUAUUUUAUAAUGAAGUAUAUUGGAUCAAAUUUGGACAUAAGCGUUCAGUUGAUGAAGAUAUAUUAAUUCAACUUAAUAGACUAUAUCACCUUGUUAAGAACCUGGAAAUAUUACCAGAUUCGUAUAAACCAGAAUCUUUAAAGGAUUCGUUGAUCCACUUCUUGCAAGAUUACUUUAGUAGAGCAAAACAUUGCAAUGCUUUGUUAAUUUUGGACGAUGUUUGUGAUAAAAAAAUAAUUGACACAUUUGAUUUUGAAUGCAAGACAUUAGUGAUUACAGCUGAUCUUGAUGUUGUAUUGGAAAAGAGACCUUGUGUCAUUGAAAUGAAUGAUGGAUUUACUGAAGCAGAAACUUUAGGUCUGUUCGCUAAGGUGUUAGAUACAGAAGUGGAACAACUUCCUGUAGAAGCGAAACUAAUUAAUGAAGAAUGUAAAGGGAUGCCUUUAUUAAUAGCAAUGUUUUCUGCGCAAUUUGAAGAAUUUAAACAUGAUAUGAAGUUACAUUCAAACAGAUGGAGAUAUUACUUGGAUUCAUUAAGAAAUAAGGAUGAAAAAAAUCAAGUAAUUAAAAAAUUCUUGGAGAAACAAGAAGCCAUUUUUAAUAUGUGUAUAGAUCAGUUACCUCUUGAAAUGAGAGAACAUUAUGAAGAAUUAGUUAUUUUUAGAGAGGAUGUUAAUAUAACACCGCAGACAUUGGAAAUUUUGUGGGGAGGAUCCCCUUUUCAAGUUGAAGAAAUGAUGCUUGAUCUAUGUCAUAAAUCGCUUGCUGCUAAACAGUGGAAUGCAGAAUUACGAAGUUACAUUUAUGGCGUACAUGAUUUAUUACUUUGCCACUUACGAAAAAAAUUUUCAGAGGGUGAAUUAGUAGAAAUGCACAAGUCAUUGAUUGAAAAAUAUCGUAAAUAUUGUAAUGGUAAUUUUUCGAAAUUACCGGCAGAUAAUUACAGUUAUUCCUAUAUUGGAUACCAUUUAGAACAAGCAAAAUUAUAUGAUGAGUUUCCUAAUAUAUAUUUAGAUUUUGAUUUUAUUCAACAAGCAAUAAUUCAUAGUGGCCUAAAUAAUUUAUUGAUCGAUUUAAAUAAUUAUAAAAAAUAUAUUACCAAAGAUUAUGAUCAAGUAUAUGAAAUGCGUCUUAUAGACUUGGAAAAAUUCUUAGAAGAACAAUCAAGUGUUAUAGCAGAACAUAGGCGUAAAAAUUGUUUGGAUAUAGUACAAAUUGCUUUGAGUCAUCCUUAUGAAGGAUAUGUUAAAGAUACUGCCACUCAACUUGCAAAAGAAAGAUCCAAGUAUUUAUAUAUAUUUCAUGCUAAAAAAUUAAGGCACAUGGAUAUGCCAUUAAGUGAAGAAGUAUUAACGAAAGUACACACGUUAUGUUUUACAUGUGAUCCAAACCUAAUUUUAAUUGGAAAUGGAAGAGGUGAAAUAUUUUUGUGGGAUAUCUUUUACAAGAGGCAAAAAGUUUUCACUGGACAUGACAAGAAUUGUUGCAUAAAAAAGAUUAUCAUAUCUAAUGAAGGAGAUUGUUUUUUAUCGCUAGAUGACCAUGGUGUUGUGAAACUUUUCAGACUUUUUGAUGACGAAAAUUAUAAACAAAAUAAUGUUGCUGUAUUAAGUCCGAGACAGAAACAGUCUUUUUGGAGUGGAAUUUUUACAAGUAAAGUUCCGCAUGAUGAUAGUUCAGUAGUAUUUUCUGUUCCUGGUGAAAUUAUAUUGGAUAUGACAUUUGCACAUGACAGUAGCUCUGUUGCAGCUUGUACAAACAAAGGAACGAUAAGGAUUUGGGAUCGCCGUGGAAAUAUAUUAUCAGAUCAUGGCCAUAGCCCUCAAAGUAACCUUAAAAAUAUAGCGUUUACAAUGGGAAGUAAUCUGGUUCAUGUAAUGGAUGAAAUACAUGGUGUCCUAAUAUCGUAUUGUAAACAAGGCGAAGAGUUUAAAUAUAUAUCACAAUACAAUGUAGAUUUACAGAAAAAGAAAAUUAUCCUUUUCUGCAGUGUGCCAGAACAAAAUAAUUCUUUAUUCAUUGUUACUGAAGAGAAAGCUGUAUAUGUAAAAUGGUUCAGAUCACAUAACCAUAUACACAGUUACAAUAAGCAAACAAGAGCAAGUGUUGAAAAUGAAAAAACUGUUUAUGUUUGUGCUAGUUUGACUAAUGAUGGUCGGUACAUAGUCUUAGCUGAUUCCAGUGGUUUUAUAAAUAUAUGGAAUACAGAUGUUGGACAUCAGCCAAUAGCUACUUAUAGAAGUCGUGUCUCCUCCUUGGAUACAUAUUGGUUAAGAGAAGAAGAAUGUCACAUUAUUUGCGGUAGUGAAAAUCAAUUACUUCAUAAGUGGAAACUUCCAGUAGAAGGAACUAGUACUUCAAUAAGGAAACAUUUAUUUGAUGCAAAAGUACAGAAUUUUGGUGAUGCUCCGGAUACUAUUGUUACAGAAACUCUGUCAAAUACUAUUAUUACAUUAGUCGAUGAUAAUAAAAUAGCAGAAACUGAACCUAUUAAUGCAAAAAUAAAUAACUUAAUUCUUUAUGCAGAGAAAAUAAUUUAUGUCACUGAUAAAGGCAUUGUCAAUAUAUUUAACAUAAGGAGUAAAGAAAAUAUACCUGUAUUAAACUUCACAUCUAAUGUGGAGUUAGUUGAAAUUCUAGAUAUGAAAAGAGAUCGCAACAAUGAUAUACUCGUUUGUAGAGGAGCUGAUAAUAACUUAAAAGUGUGGGAAAACGUAAAACUAACGUAUUUAAUUGAAGAUGCAGGAUAUAUUAUUGCAAUUCAUAAAGUUGAUAAAGAAUGUGUAGUAACAGUGACUAGAAAUGGUAUAAUUACAAUUUGGAAUAUUAAUGGCACAAAUUGGGUGCGAGUGGACAUAGUAAAAAAUCCAGACUCAGUUAGCAUUUAUAGUUGCCUAAGUUACCACAAAAGUUUUCUAGCUGUGUUAAAUGAAAAUGGAGAUGUUGUUCUCUAUAAAUUACAACAAAAUACAAUGUCUUUGCCGGCAUAUAUCAAAAUAAUUGAAUAUUUUAAAAAAAAAUAUACCCAGAAAUUAACAUGCUGUGAAAUUUCGCAAAAUGAGAAGUAUUUAGCUAUAGGUUUCGAAGAUGGAGACAUUUCUAUUAUUGAUACAUCAACAUCGGAAGAGAUAAAUAAAUUGAGUUUUCAUACAAGUUCUGUUACUCAGUUACGUUGGGCUCCAUCUGUAAUUGAAGUCCCAAUUUUGCUUUCUGUAAGUUCCGACGAAUUAGUUUGGUGGAACAUUGCUUUAGCUCUAUACAUACGUAAACCGAAAUGGCCAUCGAUACGAAUAAAUCGCAGCAUUAGUACUCCUUCCGUUGGUGUAAAAGGAAAUAUUACUCCAAAUAUGUCUACUAGUCAAAGCAUAGACUCGUGUAUCUUCAAUAUGCAAAAUCAGGUAGAAGAUAAAGAUACUAAGUCUGACAUAGAUAAAGAAACUAAAUUUUGGAAAUUUAAAGAGGGUAAAAAUCCCAACAAGCCAGCCUUAUUAGGUGUUGUCGAGCUACCUUCGAAUUUUUUUGCUAAAGUAUGCAUAUCUACCGAUUUUACAAAAUUUGUCACAGUUGAUAUAUAUGGAUCUGUUAGUACUUUUACAUUAUGUGGAUAUAAUUAAUGAUAAUUAUUUUUAUUAAAUGGUUUUAUAAAUCAAUUUAAAAAGAUUUUAUAAUUAGUCUAUUGAAAUUAUAUUUGUUCUAAUAAUUUUACUUGCAUAUAAGUAAAAAUUCGAUAUAAGCUCAAUGCAUUGAGUUUUAUGAAUGGUAGAUAUGACUACUACAUUGAGAUAAAAUACAUUACAAGUAGAAAAAUAAGAAACUGAUCAAUGCUGAUGAUCAUAAUAACGAUGGUGUUAAAAUUUUAUUGCAUUUUUAUACAAUCUAAUUGAUUGAUGCUCAAAACUGCACAUGGGGCACAUGAAAACUAUUUAACAAUAUCCUAAUACCACUGCCACAUGCAUUUAUCAGAAAAUUAUAAGAUCUCUUAUUUAUACAAUUACACAGAAAAGCCAUAGUUGCAGUUCCGACUACAUUUUUUAUAAUGAAUUUAUAGACAAUACAAUUUUUGGACAGACCUUAGAAGUAGCUAUAUAUUUUGAGUCACUUAUAGUUUUUAGACCCAUUUUUAGGUGACUCAAGUAAAUGUAGCUUGUAAGGUUUAUUCUAUUUAUUACUUGUACAAAUGCUCUUUUUUACAUAUUUUAGAUAAUUAUACUCAAGUACCAUAUAGGGUACAUACAAAUGCUAAUAUAUCAUUUAUAAGUAAGUAUUAUUGCAAUAUAUAAAAUAUAUUGUGGCAUUAUAUACACAAUUUUUGUAAAUACGGAUAAUUGUAUUU